ACAGGAAGCUUGCGUGGGUUUGGGCUCCCAGAAUGCCCCACUCUGCCAGACCCAGAGAGAAGAGAGAAUCGUUAAACAGCACCAGGAUCACUCGGGUAAUGGCGAAAGGAGCGAUUCUCCUGCUGUUUUUUCUCUGCGUCUCAAACUGUGAAGACAGGACAGCGAGUUCCGGUCAGGGAUCGACGGAACGGGGCGGAGUGUCCCGGGAAGGCGCUCCGGGUUUGGGUUCGAGCGCGCCCCCCCCCUCGAGUCCCGGGGCGCCCCUGUCAGAGACCAGAAGGGACAGGAUCACCUGCCUGGCCGCCCUCGCGGCUCUGGGGCUGCUCAUUUCGGUUUUCGCCAGUGCGACCGUGUUCCUCUGUGCCAGGCUCCAGGUCCUCAGAGCGGGCUCGGCGGACGUUUCGGCGGGGUUCUGGGCAAAGCCGAAAUGCUCCUCGGGAAACCCCACUCACCCCAAGAAGAAGGAGUGUAGCCUCUGGUUGCAGCCUAAAGUCACAGUGGAGGAAAUCACAGAAUUCUGGUACUCCAAUGGAGUGGAGCUGAAAGAGAUACACUGCCAGAUCUGAGUCAUUGCUGGAGCCACAGUCCAGUAUAAUAUAUAAAACUAUGGCUAUUGAAAUCAGGGGGGCUGUCUGAAGCACUG